GCUAGUGUCGUAAAAGUUUGUUUAUCCAGUUCUGCCCAUAAGUUGUAGGUAUCUCUAGAGAUUUUGCGGCGUCGUUCUUGUACAUAAUGUUGCUCUCAAAAAGAUAAAGCUAGACGUCAAUUAGCUGUGAGUGGUUAUCCGUUCUAUGUGUAAUCAAAUUAGUUGUGUAGCUGUGCAGAGAUGGUGCUGCCGCGAUGGACCCAGACGGACAGCUUGUUAGCCUGCGUGACAGCGAGCCAGUUAAAUCGGAGAUAGAUAUUUGUGACAAGGAAGACACCAAAUCUGUAAGCUCCCCAACCCCAUGUCUGUUUAGCAUACUGUAAAAGGCGCUAGAGCCUGUUUUUGACUAUUCUACUAUCGAUAUUUGAACUUGCAUUUAACACAGGAUAGAAACUGUUCGGUUUGUCUGCUAAUAUCUAACCCUGCCGUCCGUCCUCAACAAGAUGUGCAGUUCUACUGCUGUUUGCGGAGAAAACCUUACACUUAUUUAGCUGUUAGGUAGCUUAUAUUAAGUCUGACAAAAAGGUGGAAUUCAAAGCAGGUUGCAGUCUGUUUAUCUGCUAGCUAGCAUGGAGACUGACGACGAUGUGCCUCUCAUCUUAACCUGGGACGAAGCAAAUAGUGGUCUGCUCAGCGAGGAGCCUGAAAGAGGAGACGAACAUGGAGGAGGCAGUUAUGACAUAGUUAACAACGCUGUGAUCUCAACGCCUGGCCCACAAAACUACAGAUCCCAAAAUGUGUCCUUGCGACAAAGCUGGGAGAUGAACUACCAAGAGGCAGCCAUCUACCUGCAGGAAGGAGAGAACAAUGAUAAGUUCUUCACUCACCCUCGAAACCCAAAGGCGCUCGCAGCGUACCUGUUUGCGCACAACCACCUGUUCUACAUGAUGGAGCUGCUGACAGGCCUGCUGCUGCUGAUGCUCUCACUGUGCGAGGCUCCUGCUGUACCCUCACUGCGCCUGGAUGUCUAUGUCCAUGCCACGCUGGAGCUGCUGGCUUUGGUUAUGGUGGCAUUUGAGCUAUGCAUGAAACUCCGCUGGUUAGGCUUCCACACCUUCAUACGGCACAAGAGGACAAUGGUUAAGACAUGUGUGUUACUGGUACAGUUUGUGGAGGCCAUAGUGGUUCUGAUCCGACAAACUUCUCACAUGCGAGUGACCAGAGCGCUCAGACCAAUAUUCCUGGUGGACUGUAGAUAUUGUGGUGCUGUGCGCAGAAACUUGCGUCAGAUCUUCCAGUCUCUCCCGCCUUUUAUUGACAUCCUCCUGCUGCUGCUUUUCUUCAUGGUUAUAUUUGCUAUUCUUGGCUUCUGUCUCUUCUCCACGAACACCUCUGAUCCGUACUUCAACACUCUGGAGAACAGCCUUGUCAGCCUGUUUGUGCUGCUGACCACAGCAAAUUUCCCUGAUGUGAUGAUGCCAGCAUACUCCAAGAACCGCUGGUCCUGUGUUUUCUUCAUUGUAUACCUCUCUAUCGAGCUCUACUUUAUCAUGAACCUGCUCCUGGCGGUCGUGUUUGAUACAUUUAAUGAUGUUGAGAAAAUGAAGUUUAAAUCUCUCUUGCUUCACAAACGCUCUGCUAUCGACCACGCCUUUCAGCUGUUAGUUAGCCGUCAGAGACCGAUGGGUGUGUCUCUGAAGCAGUUCGAUGGUCUGAUGCGUUUUUACAGACCACGCAUGUCUGCAAGAGACCGCUUCCUCACCUACAAAGCUCUUAACACAUCAGGGGCUCCCAUGCUCAGCCUGCAGGACUUUUAUAAGUUCUAUGAGGUCACUGGCCUUAAAUGGAAGGCACGCCGCAGUGGAGAACACUGGUUUGAUGAUCUUCCACACACAGCCUUCCUCAUUUUCAAAGGUAUCCAUUUGCUUGUGAAGUCAAAGGCCUUUCAGUAUGCUAUGUAUGUGGUGGUGGCCAUCAACGGUGUUUGGAUCCUUGUGGAGACGUACCAGCUGAAUAGUGGAUUUUCCUGGUCCAAAUUGGUUCCCUGGAGUUACAUUGUUUUUCUGACCAUUUAUGGUGUAGAAGUGUUAUUGAAAAUAUCAGGUUUGGGGCCAGUUGCCUAUUUCAGCUCUGGGUGGAAUCUGUUUGACUUCUCUGUGACGGUGUUUGCCUUCUUGGGCCUCAUCGCUCUCGCCUUCGAUAAGGAGCCGUUCUACUUUAUCGUAAUUCUCAGACCGCUUCAGCUGCUAAGGUUAUUUAAGAUAAAGCAGAGGUAUCGUAAUGUUUUAGACACCAUGUUUGAGCUCUUCCCCAGGAUGGCCAGUCUGGGGUUGACAUUAAUCAUCUUCUACUAUUCCUUUGCUAUUGUGGGAAUGGAGUUCUUUGCAGAUGUGGUUUACCCCAACUGCUGCAAUACGAGCACAGUGGCCGAUUCCUACAGACUGAUCAACAACACACAAGGCAACAAAACAGUGCUGGAAGAGGGCUACUAUUAUCUCAAUAACUUCAACAACAUCCUCAGUAGCUUUGUGACUCUGUUUGAACUGACCGUGGUCAACAACUGGUACAUCACUAUGGAAGGAGUGACGUCUAUGACGAGCCACUGGAGCCGUCUGUACUUCAUGACUUUUUAUAUAGUUACAAUGGUGGUGAUGACUAUCAUCGUGGCGUUCAUUUUAGAUGCAUUUGUGUUCCGCAUGAACUACAGUCGCAAGAACCGGGAACCGCUAGAAAAUCCAGAGGAUGAGAAUGGGAUCGUGUUUGAAGUAGAGGUAAGUCGUGAUGACGUUCUCGCCGCUCUCGAGCUGUACAAACAGAUGUGCCCAGGAUCGUCUUCCCUCAGCUCUCUGCAGGGAGUCUUACAGACUAUGGACAAAAGUGGGCACUCGUCUUUAGUGUACCUAGGUCGCAGGUCUAGGACGAAGAGCGACCUCAGCAUGAAAAUGUACGAGGAGGAGAUACAGGAGUGGUAUGCAGAAUAUUCGAGGGAAGCCCUGCCUGAACCAGACCAAAGCCUGGAGCGGGAUCCAGACAGUCCCAUGCCUGACUUGUCUCCCUUCCCAGAGCCUCAGCUCAACUCACAGACUGGACCUCACAGCAUCAAUUAAUGCAAAGUUUGCUAGGGAAACAUGCACAUCGUCAUUCCAACGUUUUCCUUUAAAGGCAAAAGCUGCAGUAAUCAGGAAGCCUGGACUCCCACAUUAUGUGUGCAUAUACUGCUGUUGGCCUUUUGUGCCCUAUUGUAAAUCAUGACGCAUCUAAACCUGAUGCCUUAGUUUAACGGCUCCUCUGAUCAGUAUUAACACACCCACUAAGUUUUCCAAAGACCAAAAUAUAUAAACACUUAACACUCCUUUUAGCUCAACUGAACAAAUUAUGAAAUUUUCCCUCAACUAAUGUCUCAGCAGACUUAGAAUAUUUUACUUUUAUAUAACUUCUUAUUCUGUAAUGUAUUUGAGUUUAUUUGAAUAAACUGUUAGAACUUGUCAAA